UAAGGUAAUUGGGGGUAAGAAAUGACCAUAGGCAGAUUAAUAAACGGAUAGCACUGAUACAUUGUACCUUCUACCUCAUCUUUUUCCAGGUUAUCUCCUUCUUUGUAUUUAGGUUUUUUUGUUUGUUUGUUUGUUUUUGUUUUGGGGAUCAUCUCCUUCUUUGGAACUGACCCUUUGAACUCGCUUCUCUGCCAUCUUCACCAGAUCCUUUAUCCUCCUGACCAGGAUAAUAGAUUUGUAGCCAAAUUCUGUGGUAGACUUUGCUAAUUUAUCACACAUUCUUUGCCUGCUAAGCCCUGGGCAUGCUCUCAGAAUCCUCCUCAGUACAACAUGUCAUGGAGCCAAUUAGAGUUAGCACUAAGGAUGACACCUAAUUGUCAUUUCUGUUCUAUCUGACUCUUGUUCCAGCCAGAGUAAGACAUUAACUUAUUCAGGCUAUAUUCAUUUUGAAGGCCGAAAGUGAAUAAAAACAGAAUAACAAGUAAAGGUGCUUCCAAUUAGCCAAGAGACAUUUUUCUGCCUUUCCCUUACUCAUCUUUUAAAGCCUUUCAUGUCACUCCUACUCUUCUCUCUCUGUGCUGUUUCUUCUUCUUUCUACCUAAUUAGUUUACACUGGGAAAUUAACACAUUUGUAUUAAGCAAUAUAAACUAGAUUUUGAAUCAGUAAUUAAUGAAAAAGGCAUUCCUUUCUUUCCAUAUGUACUCAACACUUUAGUCACUCUUCUGAGGUGAUAGUUUCUCAUUUUUUGGUAUGAUGAAGUACUAUUUUUUCCUAUCCUUUUAUUUAGAUUUUUUUGGAGAAAAUUAGGUGCCACCAAACCUCUGGAAGGUGUUUGUUUUGAAUGCCUUCUUCCUGGAACUAAGCAAUGGUCUACUGCUAAAAAGAGAUAGGAAUUUGAGAAAGGAUAAUUAGAAGGAAAUGCUGGUAGGGCAAACAAGUAGUACUUUAUUUUGUUUCUGAGUUAAUAUGAGCUGUGGCUACUUUUAAAAUAUUGAUGAAAAAGGCAUAGGAGAAAGUGGACCAUUUUUGAGUGUGUCAGCUCUACAGCCAUUACUAUGUUGAAUGCCUUAACGAUAUCAUUAUAUUUGUUCUUCACAACCACUCUGUUCAUUGUAGGCAUUGGCCUCAUUUACUUAUGAAGACAGUGAGGGUCAAAAAGAAGAUGAAUAAUCUUUCAUUUAGUGAGCUAUGUUGCCUCUUCUGCUGUCCACCUUGUCCAGGGAAAAUUGCUUCAAAAUUAGCAUUUUUGCCACCUGAUCCAACUUACACGCUGAUGUGUGAUGAAAGUGGAAGCCGCUGGACGUUACACCUAUCAGAACGAGCAGACUGGCAAUAUUCUUCUAGAGAAAAAGAUGCUAUUGAGUGUUUCAUGACUAGAACCAGUAAAGGCAACAGAAUUGCCUGCAUGUUUGUGCGUUGCUCACCCAAUGCCAAAUACACUUUACUCUUUUCCCACGGAAAUGCUGUUGAUCUUGGUCAGAUGAGCAGUUUUUACAUAGGACUGGGAUCACGGAUUAAUUGUAAUAUAUUCUCAUAUGAUUAUUCUGGAUAUGGUGCAAGUUCUGGGAAACCAACAGAGAAGAACCUCUAUGCAGACAUAGAAACUCCUUGGUUUGCUCUUAGGACAAGAUAUGGCAUUCGCCCUGAAAAUGUGAUUAUAUAUGGCCAAAGUAUAGGGACAGUACCAUCUGUGGAUCUUGCUGCUUGGUAUGAGAGUGCUGCUGUUAUUCUUCAUUCUCCUUUGACCUCAGGAAUGCGAGUCACUUUUCCUGAUACCAAGAAGACCUACUGUUUUGAUGCAUUCCCAAACAUUGACAAAAUCUCUAAGAUUACCUCUCCAGUAUUAGUAAUUCAUGGGACUGAAGAGGAAGUCAUUGACUUUUCACAUGGCCUCGCAUUGUUUGAGCGUUGCCAAAGACCUGUGGAGCCUCUGUGGGUUGAAGGGGCAGGUCACAAUGAUGUGGAACUUUAUGGACAGUAUCUUGAAAGAUUGAAACAGUUUGUGUCACAGGAACUGGUAAAUUUGUAAAAUAUUCUGAAAAUUUGCAUACUGGGUUUUCUUUCUUGCUCAACUGCACUCUUUGGUAAAUAACAUAAAACCUGAAGGUUUUGUUUGCAAAUCCUAUCAGUUGCCUUCAUAAAUGUACAGGUAAUGAUUUGUUAACAGACUUAAUGAAGGUUUUAAUUACCAAACUAGAAACUGGAAAUAACAGUAUCAUGCAGUCAGGCUGUGUAAUUUAUAUUUUUUCUGUGAAUUUUUUUUUUAAACAUCAAGAUGAGUACUGUAUGAAAUUUUAACUCUAUAAGAUCAAAUGCUAUGAAAGUAUUGCCAAAUGCUUUUGCAUAUCAGAAACAAAUUUAUAAAUAUUUUUAAAACAUCUCAAUGUACUAAAUCUUAUCCUGGUAUACAAAUGUAAUAUUCUUUCAAUAAAAAGCUGUAUAUCUAAAACAAUUAAAGUGCUCAGAAUAAACUGUAUGAAAACAUGCAAGUUCACUAAAGAUGACCUAAACCCUGUUGUACAGGGAUAGAGAUUUAAAGAUUAUUUUAUUGUAAAAUACAUUGAAUUUUCUGUAUUCCCUGGUUAUCAUACAUUUUCUCCUUUAAAAAAAAUGAUGUAAGUCUUA